UAUUUGUGGUAAGACAUUAAUAUUAUAAUUUUUUCUUACAACAAACAAUAUCAGAAGCGAUUUCAAAGAAUGGAUAAAAAAAAUAUCGAAAGAGAUUCUAUGAUACGUGAACUUAUAGAUGUAAUGAUCGAAUGUAACAAUGAUCGACUUCAAUGUAUUGAAAACAAACAAGGCAAUGAAUCAGAGGAAGAAAAGGAGUUUUUACAUAUAAAUUUAAGCAUCUUGACACGUCUUAAGCAAAAUUUCGAUGCUCAAGUUAGUUUGCAACAACCAAAACCAGAUCCUCAGCCAUCAACAUCUUCAUCAACAAAGAUGGUUGCUAAUCCGAUUAAAAGAGAACUAUCUCCUGGAUCGUCAAAUAAUUGUACUAAAAAAUCACGAAAUGGUUUGAUACCGGAAAGGGAUGCCGAUGGCUUCCUUAACUGUAACUAUUGUUCAUAUAGGACGGAUAAUUUAGAUCAUUUUCAACUUCAUCUACAUGAUCAUCUAGGAAUAAAAGUUUAUCCUUGCUCAAAAUGUUCAGCUAUUUUUAAAACUAAAAAUGGCCUAAAUAAACAUCUUAUUGAUGAUCACUAUAGAUUUUGAAUGAAAUAAUUCAUUUAAAAAUUGAAAUAUUCAA